GAGCGUAUCACGCGGUGAAUAAAAGCACCAUCAUCCUCUUGCAACAGGAACGUCGUUGUGCUGGAGAUAAGGGCAUCCUCCCAGCUCUAUACGCUCAUGACUACCGACUAGGGUCGCUCAUUUACGCUUCGAGCCGGGGGAUAACAGGACCGCAUCAUGGUUAAACACCGUCCCGAGAGAGACAGCUGGGGUGAGUGGUCCCUAAGUGACAAAAAUGUUUACGAGUGGAGCUCCGAGGAGGAGGAGCCGGACGGACGAGCCCGGCCCAUCCAGGUGCUGCUGGUCAAGGACGACCACACCUUCGAGCUGGAUGAGGCGGCGCUGAGUCGGAUCCUGCUGUCCGAGGAGGUCAGGGACCGCGAGGUGGUGGCCAUCUCCGUGGCGGGGGCUUUCCGCAAGGGCAAGUCCUUCCUCAUGGACUUCAUGCUGCGUUACAUGUACAACCAUUCGUCUGAAAACUGGCUCGGAGAUGCGAGCGAGCCUCUGACCGGCUUCUCCUGGAGGGGGGGCUCAGAGAGGGAAACCACCGGGAUCCAAAUCUGGAGCGAGGUCUUCCUGGUGGACAAACCUGACGGAAGGAAGGUCGCCGUGUUGCUGAUGGACACGCAGGGCACGUUUGACAGCCAAUCUACGCUGAGGGACUCGGCCACUGUGUUCGCCCUGAGCACCAUGAUCAGCUCCAUGCAGGUUUACAAUAUAUCACAGAAUGUACAAGAGGAUGACCUCCAGCACUUGCAGCUUUUCACUGAGUAUGGAAGACUAGCGAUGGAGGAGACCUUCCUUAAACCUUUCCAGUCCCUGAUUUUCCUGGUUCGGGACUGGAGUUUUCCAUACGAGUUUCCUUACGGACAGGAGGGGGGCAUGAAGUUCCUGGAGAAGAGACUGAAGAUCUCAGAGAACCAGCAUGAGGAGCUUCAGAAUGUGCGAAAACACAUCCACUCCUGCUUCACCAACAUCAACUGCUUCCUGAUGCCUCACCCCGGCCUCAAGGUGGCCACCAACCCUCACUUUGACGGAAGAAUUAAAGAGAUUGAUGGUGAGUUCAUCAACAACCUGAAGGUCCUGGUGCCCUGGAUCCUCAGCCCCCACAACAUCGACGUGAAGGAGAUCAACGGCAGCAACAUCACCUGCAGAGGCCUGCUGGAGUACUUCAAGGCAUACAUUAAGAUUUACCAGGGUGAAGAGUUGCCUCAUCCAAAGUCGAUGCUGCAGGCCACAGCAGAGGCCAACAACUUAGCAGCAGUCGCAGCGGCGAAGGAUCUGUACAACAAAAAAAUGGAGGAGGUUUGCGGGGGCGACCGGCCCUUCCUGGCCCCCAGUGAGCUGCAGAACCGACACGGGGCCAUCAGGGAGGAGGCCCUGCAGCUCUUCCGCGGGGUCAAGAAGAUGGGCGGCGAGGAGUUCAGCCGCCGCUACCUGCAGCAGCUGGAGGGCGAGAUCGAUGAGGUGUUCGUCCAGUACAUCAAGCACAACGACUCCAAGAACAUUUUCCAUGCUGCUCGCACGCCGGCCACGCUCUUCGUGGUCAUCUUCGUUAUGUACGUGGCGGCGGGCAUCACGGGCUUUGUGGGUGUGGACAUCAUCGCCAGCCUGUGCAACAUGAUCCUGGGCCUGGCGCUGAUCACGCUCUGCACCUGGGCCUACAUCCGCUACUCAGGGGAGUACAGGGAACUGGGCGCCGUCAUCGACCAGGUGGCCGGGGCGCUGUGGGACCAGGGGAGCACGAACGAGGCUCUGCACAAGCUGUACAAUGUAGCGGCCAAUCACCGGCACCUGUACCACCACGCUUUCCCCGGAGCGCACGCGGACGCCGCCGCCGCCGAGGAGCGGGACAAGAAGAAGGACUGAUGACGACGCAGCAGGGACUCUUUAUUUUGUUUGGGAUGGACAUCCUCCUCACCCGUCGGGCACUUCUUUACUCUGGCGUCGGCUGCUGCUGCGGCCAACAAAUGCAGUCACUACUUUAAUCCUUAUAUUGAACUUUACAACGUUCAUGCAUCAGAAAUGUCAGAGCGCCGCCGCGGUGGUGUGGGCGUCAGUCGUCGCGUGGGCGCCAGUCUUUCACCAUCGUCUUUCACCUUUUUGUCUCUGGGCACUCAGCUGGAGACCUCCGAGUCUGCUGUUUAUUUCAUAUCACACAAGUUUUCUCAGUCGUUUAAUUCUUCUUCUCCCCCCCAAAAAAGUGUUGCCGACUUUGUUGAAAUAACCACUCGUGACAAACGUUCCGUUCUUUAGGGUUUCGUGCUAUUUAUAUCUAAGAUCUGCAAAAGGCCAAAUUAUGUACAGUGUGUUGAAUAAUGAAGCAACAUUAUCUGCAUGUUGAUGUUUCUCAUCUUUAAGCUCAGAAUUCAGGUAUACUUUUUAAAAGAAUAUAUAUGUUUUAACGGUUGUGACAAAGUGGUAUUGUGCCAUAAAAUGUAAAUGUUUUGUCUUAUUUUUAUUUUUUACAUCUGUGUCAGCCUGGGUAAAUCCAGACACAAAGGUACGGUCUUAGUUGGAGGCAAUGCAGUGCCUUGCAGAUUUUGGUCAUGUUGGAACCACAAACCUUCAAUGUAUUUUAUUGGGACUUUCUAUCAUUUUCUACUAUUCAGCUGCAUUUUCCCGUCUUUUCUUGGCAGCGCCAUCAACUAGGAUGAAGAGCAUUUGUGAAGAUCAAGUUUUUAAUUUGCCACACUGAUUCUCAAAUAUAUUGGGCAAUGACUUUGACUAGUCCUCAUAUUCACUAUUGUGUUGAAUAGUCGGCCUGCUAAAAGGUGAAAUUCAGUUUCCAGUCUUAUAGCUUCUGUUAUGAAAUUUGUUUGGGGGAUUAAUAACAUUUUUUUUAUUUUAUUGAGUUGAAUCAACUCUAAGCAGCCUCCUAUAACCUGCUGGAGAAAAGCAUCCCCACAGCAUGAUGUUGCCACUACCGUGCACUUGAACUUUUGCGUAAUUUAACCCUCCCAGCACAAUAUUUCCUGUUGAGUGAAAUAUUUUAACUUUUAGUGCACUACUUGCCAUAUUUAUUUAUUUUUUUAGUUGGUUAUGUAUCAUUUGCAUGAGAUGCAACCUUUUCCUCAAUUACAAUUGGAAUUGUGACACUUUUUGGUAUUUUAUCAUAAAAAACAUUGAAGAGCGUGGUUAUAAACGUGACAAAAAGUGGAAAGGUUUCAAGGUGAAAGCUUUUCCAAGGCACUGUAUGUUUUGAAAAAGCUCCAGAAGUUGAGGUGUUUCAAUGCAGCAUCAGUUUCAAGUUCCCAGAACACGACUGGCAUCAUCAUCAUCACCUCAUCUUUUUAUUCUGCUUGCAGCUUCGCAUCUGUGCAGCAUCUCUCCUUUAUCCCAGUGCAUGUGUGUUUAGCUUUUGAAGUCGAGAGGUUGUGUACAUGUGUGUGUGUGUUUAGCUUCUAUCAUGACAAAGAGGAGGCCGACGGACCCAUUGUUCUGUCUCUCGCUGAAUGUUCCAGCAAAUCCCAGGAAUGUAGCCGUUCUGCGCCCGCAGAGGAAUCAAAGCUGGAUGUUGCCGGGCGUGGCCACAGGACCGGCUUUGGGAAAAGGCUCCUCAUUCCAGAUCUUAUCCGUCAUCUUUAACACGCGUAACUUGAACCCUCUGAGCUAAAAAAAAAAACUCAGUCGCGUGGUGACAAGAGGAGCCUCGAGCUCACAUUCAUCGUAAACACAAAGCUUUUUGAUGGUGACAGACUUAUUUUUUCUUUUGGUGUGUGGAUGCUUUGAGUUCACUGCUUGGUUUCUACAGUCUUCCACAGAGUGUAAUCGGCAUCAAGGAGGCUUUCAAUCGGAUCGUUUUGCUUCUUAAAAUCCCGUACGUUGAGUGUUUUAGGUGUUCCUUUUCACGAGUCAGAGAAGUCGUUUUGUUUCGAAUGAGAUGGAAAUCACACUUUUAACGGUUUCUUUUCCCCACAUCAUCCCUCCCCUACGCUUAAAGGCAAGUGUUAAACGAGUCGACAUCUUUCAAACUAGCUGUUUGGCUUCAGCACACUGCAGUUAGUCACAAGGAGAUAAAUAAAGUUGGACCAAAUUAAUGAAAA